CUCACAAGGACAAUUCAGACGAGUGAAAAUAGAGUUCCGGCAAAUAAAAUCGACAAAUUAUCAAAACAUGAAAGGUCCGGUACGUGAAGGUGAUCUUUUAACCUUGUUUGAAUCUGAGUUUGAGGCAAAAAGAUUCUAAUAACCAGAGCAGCAAUUUUGAUUGACGUAGAAAAAAUCAUUGCCAGACAAAAUGGAACAGGGAUUAAGAAGAGGCAGGCGAAAGCAACGUCAGCACAAAUAGAUUAUAUGGUGGACUAUUUUGUACAGCAUCCACAUGUAGCAACAUGCAAAUUCCAAACUCUACACGGGAACGCAGAUUUAAGAGGGUCAUGGGAGCAAUUAGUCGCUCACUUAAAUACUAUGGGAAGAAAUGGGAAGUCAAAAGAUAUAAAGUCAUGGAAAUCGACAUGGCGAGAUAAUAAAACAGCAGUUUCCCAAAAAGUUGCUAAAAUCCGUGCUAAUAAAGUUACGACAGGGAACAUUGGUGGUCCUCCUAUCACACUGACGGAUCGAGAAAAAAAGAUUUUAGGCCUUAUAGGACUAAAUUAUGUGGAAGGUGUACAAUGUCCUGAUUCAUUUCCAGAGGAACAGGGAGAAGCAAUGCAUUUGCUUACUGCAGGGGACGAAAGAAUUUUAAAUGAUAUUCCAGAGUCAUUAACAUUAAGAAAUAACGAGAUUAUAGAACAUGACGUUAAUUAUACAGAUUAUGAAGUGCUACAUGAUAUGGGAAAUGUUAUUGAAGAAGGGUCAUCUUUCAAUAAUAUUCAAACACACUCACAAAUUCAAAAUGUGGAGACUGCAGAAUGUCAUCGUGAAAUAACAGAACCACCAUCCGCUAUUCAAAUUGAUGAUCCACAACGGCUCACAACUGUAACGCAAAGUUCGAGCAAGAAGCGAAAAAGACCACAAAUUACAAGGAACAGUGAACGGUUGGGUAUACAACUGCACAAUGCCAGAGAAGAUUUUGCGAUCCUAGCCGAACGCCAAAUUUCAUGUAUGGAGAUGUUUGCAAAGGCAAUGCAACAAAUUGCGGAUAAUGAAAAAGAGCGAAAUGAAUGUCUACGUGCCUUUAUAGAAGCAGAAAGAAGUAGAGAGACAACAUAUUCCGAAUUAUUAAUAAUAAUCAAAGAUUGUGUUGAAGUAUUAAAAAAAAAAAAUCUUUCACAUAACUAGUCCGUAUUUUGAUCA